CACAUUUAUUUACAGUUACAAAAGUCCCCCAAUUUCUUUCUUUUUGAACUAUAUGUCAAUUUUCUCCAUCAUAAUUUCCUUUCAAUUUACUUAUCAAACUCAAUUGUUUUUUCUAUACAAAAAUAUAUAAUUACAAAGGAUGUCUAUAAUGGAAUCAAGCUCAACCGGUAAUAAUACAGCAGGAGGAGAUCACCAGCAACAGCAGCAGCAGAGUCAUAUAAAAGGAAUACUUACACACGGUGGACGUUACGUACAGUAUAAUGUGUACGGAAACUUAUUCGAAGUUUCUCGAAAAUAUGUUCCUCCUAUUCGUCCCGUCGGUAGAGGUGCUUACGGUAUCGUCUGUGCUGCUAUGAAUGCAGAGACACGUGAAGAAGUUGCCAUCAAGAAAAUCGGUAAUGCAUUUGACAACAGAAUAGAUGCAAAACGGACUUUAAGAGAGAUCAAGCUUCUUCGCCACAUGGAUCACGAAAAUGUUAUUGCAAUCAAAGACAUCAUACGGCCUCCACAGAAGGAAAAUUUUAAUGAUGUGUACAUCGUUUAUGAGUUAAUGGACACUGAUCUUCAUCAGAUAAUACGCUCUAAUCAACCUUUAGCUGAUGAUCAUUGUCGGUAUUUUCUCUACCAAAUACUUCGGGGACUCAAAUAUGUUCAUUCUGCACACGUCUUGCAUCGUGAUCUAAAACCCAGCAACUUACUUCUCAAUGCUAAUUGUGACCUAAAAAUUGGAGAUUUUGGACUUGCAAGAACAACAUCUGAAACAGACUUCAUGACUGAGUAUGUCGUUACUCGAUGGUACCGGGCCCCUGAAUUGCUCUUAAAUUGUUCAGAGUACACCGCAGCAAUUGACAUCUGGUCAGUAGGUUGCAUUCUUGGUGAAAUCAUGACCAGACAACCUUUGUUUCCAGGCAAAGAUUAUGUGCAUCAACUCAGACUCAUCACAGAGCUGAUAGGUUCACCAGAUGAUGCGAGUCUUGGAUUUCUUAGAAGUGAUAAUGCCCGGAGAUAUGUAAGACAACUUCCUCAGUAUCCAAAGCAACAAUUCUCUGCUAGGUUCCCGAAUAAAUCUCCUGGAGCUCUGGAUUUACUGGAAAAGAUGCUUGUCUUUGACCCAAAUAGGCGUAUUACAGUUGAUGAGGCUCUUUGUCACCCAUACUUAGCACCACUUCAUGAUAUCAAUGAGGAGCCUGUUUGCCCCAGGCCAUUCAGUUUUGACUUUGAGCAGCCAUCUUGCACUGAAGAGAAUAUCAAAGAGCUCAUCUGGAGGGAGUCUGUAAAAUUCAAUCCUGACCCGACUCACUGAGUAAGGAGAGUAUGCAUAGGUGUGAUGAAUGUUUGUAUUCUAGUUAGACAAUUAUGACAUGAUCCUACAAUUACUGUACUAUAUCCUAUAAUGUUCUAUCCACUUGUAGAAAGUAUAAACAAGUUUAAAUUGCUGGAUUUGUUAUUUUUCGAUUUAUUUAAUGUUGGCCUACUCGUUUGUCUUUUCA